AUGUCAUCCGCUAAGGUUAACCACCGUGAUCUAGCGGAUUCGAACAAAAGCAUUCUUAAGAACAAUUGUUCUGGGCCGCGAUACAAUUUGCGUGCCCGUGCGGAGUCGAAAGGAACGAAAGGAAACAAAUCCGUGAAGUUCGCCGGCUCUACGAAGGAGGCUUCGUCUGUCCGUCGUUCUAUCAAAAAGGACUAUGCCAAGAAAAAACACCGCCGUGCUACUCCUCAUCCUCACAAGACCAAGACUGGCAGUAGUCCAACUGAUACCGAGUCGACACAGAGUAAUGGACCCAUUCAUGAUGAUACAUGGAGCGGACGUUUGCGUAGCAGAACUGCUACUGUUUUUUCGGACGUAAGCGCUUCCUCGAGCGCCAGUAUCCUCAAGAAGGACACUAAGAAAGACAACAAAAAGAAGAAGGUGAAGCAUGUGAAGAUCGAGGGGAACUGGACGAACCGUCUUCGCGAACGUCACUGA